GCCAAACCCCAACACCAAAACAAAAAUAGUCACUUAAUUAGCUUGUUGAUUUUCGAAAGACUCAAAAUGAUAAGGAAGCCAGCGACCCUCUUCUCUGCCUCUGUUGCGCUUUUCAGUUCUCUGUGUCGCCCAGGACUUCGAUUUCUUCUACUUUGUCCAACAGGUAUGUGCGUGCCAGCCGAACUAUUUCUUCUAGUUCCAUCCAUAACGUACGUGGUCUCUUCUCUUCUCUUCUCUUCUCUUCUUUGUGUGUGCAGUGGCCGGGAGCCUAUUGUGACUCGAGGCAGAGAUGCUGCUACCCAAAGACAGGCAAACCCACAGCCGAUUUCGGGAUCCAUGGUCUCUGGCCUAACUACAAGAACGGCGCCUACCCUUCCAACUGCGACCGUGACAGCGUCUUCCACGAAUCACAGGUUGGUUGGGAUUAAUUACCACUUUGUCAGGAUUUGGGAAACCUUGCGGGGAAUGUUUCAGGAUUUUCCCGUCAGGUUAUUCCACCACGAUUCGCCUUAAUCUUAUAACGUUGUUUUUUUUUUGUCCUUUGUCCGAAAUUUCACAGAUAGAAGAUGUGCUACCGCAGCUGCAAAAAUUCUGGCCGACCCUAGCCUGCCCGAGUGGCGAUGGUGUGAAGUUCUGGACCCACGAAUGGGAAAAGCAUGGAACCUGCUCUGAGUCCGAAAUGGACCAGCACGAUUACUUUGUGGCGGCUCUUAAGCUCAAGGACAAAGCCAACCUCCUCCAGAUUCUCAAGUCUGCCGGAAUUAGGCCGGACGAUGGGCUCUACGAGCUUGACAGCAUUGUGGAAGCCAUAAAAGAAAGGACAGGUUUUACUCCAGGGAUAGAGUGCAAUGUGGAUUCUUCCAGGAACAGUCAGCUGUACCAGGUUUUUAUGUGUGUGGACACAUCUGGAUCAGACUUCAUUGAGUGCCCCAUCCUGCCAAAGGGGAGAUGUGCUUCCUCCAUCCAGUUCCCCAAGUUUUAGGAGGAAAAAGAUUCUGGAUUCUUUCAUCACAUUAUUGUUCUCUGUUUUUUCCCCCCUCCUUAUAAUAAUAAGAUUCUGCUGACUUUUUCUUCCAGCAUUUUAUCCCUCUUGUAAUAGCUGAGCAUCAAGUUACAUGUCACAUUUCCUUAUUGUUUGAGCAGUUUAUCUUAUGAGUGCCCUCUUCAACAAAAUUUGACUAAUUGCAAUUACUAGAUAAUAAUUGGUCCGCGCUUUGAAUUUAACGAAUGAGUCAAUUAGUUAAGUGAAUUCAAUAAGCACAUUAUAACUAUUUUUAGUACAAACCUAUUCGAUUGAUAAUAUAAGGGCUAAUACUUA